AUGAUCAAUUGUUCAACUUUGCAAUUCAAAUGUGAUGAUGGAUCUUGCAUUGAUAUUAAUCAACGUUGUGAUGGCGAGGAACAAUGUUCAGAUGGCAGUGAUGAAGUUGCAGUCCAUUGUGAAUCAAAAAAUGGGACAAUAAUAUUGAUUUCACCUCAUGCAGUCCUUCUACCGGGUGACUCGAUUCGAAUAUCAGCGGAUGUAAAUGGCAUUUUCCCACCUCAUAAGGCUCGAUGGCUUCACAACGGCAAACUGAUAGAACAUGAUGAUGGGAUGAUACGGUAUUACAACACCUCAAUGAAGUAUUAUUUGUUGAUUGAUAAUAUUAGCACUGAUAAUAGUGGCGUAUAUGAAUUAGAUAUCAACGGUAUUAAAGAAGCGAUAGCUAUAAAUGUUUCAACAAAUGGUGGAAUUAUCAAAAAGAAAUGCCUAAAUGAAAACAACUGCACAGCAGCUUUAUGUGAAUCCGAUGAAUAUUUGUGUCAAAUUGACAAUUUCUGUUUACCUCGAACCGUCAUUUGUAAUGGCAAACGUGAUUGCACGGAUGUAGCUGACGAAGCAAACUGCAAUACUAUAUCACGUAAUAUUAACAAAAAAUUGAAAUGGCUGGCGGCACAACCCACCGUUAAAUGCCCGGAUGGUUCAAUACCGGAAUUUAGCCUGCAUGGUUCUACAUAUUGUUGGAGUGAUUCGGUUUGUCCAUCAGAUACAGUAUGCAUAGAGGGGAAAUGUUGCAAAACCUAUUCAUCGUAUAAUUUCCGUCGGUGUCCGGAAAAUUUCUGGGAAUGUGGUAGUGGUGAAUGCGUUCCGUUAGAAACACGUUGUGAUGGAUUGCAAGCGUGUAGUGAUGGAUCUGACGAAAUGCAUUGCGGUUUGAAUUUUGCUCUUUUUUUCCAAAAUUUGCAUGAAAUUUAUUUGAUUGCAUAA